AUGGAGGAGUCAGACGAGGACGGGGAGGACAACGAGGAGUUCCUGGAGCGGCUGAUGGCGCAGACGGGCCGCGAGAUGCCGCAACGGGAGCUGGAGGAGCACUACGCUGUGCUGGAGGAGCUGGGCAGCGGGACCUAUGGCCGCGUGGUGCUGACGGAGCCCCGGGAUGGUGGCUCACCGGUGGUCCUCAAGCUGAUGUUGAAGGAGAAGACGGAGCGGCGGGCGUUCCUGCGGGAGUAUUGCAUUGCCCUGUGCCUCUCCAGCCACACUGCCUGCCUGCGCGCCCUGCCCGUCGCCUUCGAGAGCGCCACGCACUUCGCUUUCGGGCAGGAGCUCGCUCCUGCUGGGGAUCUGUGUGCCCUCCUCAACCCGGGGGAGGGCCUGGCAGAGGAGCUGGUGAAGCGCUGCGCGUCUCAGCUGGCCGAGGCGCUGGACUUCAUGCACAGCCGGGCGCUGGUGCACCGGGAUGUCAAGCUGGACAACGUGCUGCUCUUCGACCACGAGUGCCGGCGGGUGAAGCUGGGAGACUUCGGGCUCACCCGCGUGCAGGGCUCCGCAGUGGGUGCCAUGUCCGGCACCCUGCCCUACGCCCCACCAGAGCUCUGCCUGCUCCAGGGCUCCGACACACUGGAGCUGGACUCCAGCCUGGAUGUCUGGGCCUUCGCCGUCCUGCUUUUCUGCCUCUGCACCGGCUGCUUCCCCUGGGCCGUGGCUGCCAGCUCUGACCCCCAGUUUGAGGACUUCAGUGCCUGGCAGGGUGGUGUGGCGGGGCGGGGGGUGCCAGCGUCCUGGCAAGGCUUCAGCUCCGGGGCACUGGAGAUGCUCCGGCGCCUGCUGACACUGGACCCCGACCGCCGAAGCCCAGCCAUCGAGGUGCAAAAAUACCUGUCGCUGCCCUGGGUGAUGGCUCCCAGCACUGGGGGGCCGGCACCAAGCAGCUUCCAGUCCCCCCUUACCAGUGGCAUGGGGGAGAGCCCAGGGGACACGGGGCAACAGGAUGAUGCCGGUGGGGGAGACGGGGUUCCCAUGCCCCCCGCUAAUGCACUGGCCCCGUGCCGGUAG